GUUUCAUUGUGCAGAAUACUUUAAACCAGUUUUUCGGUCUGGGAGGUUGGGUGGUUUUGCCCUGUCAUGUUCCUCCACACUUACUAACUGAAGAUCUGAAGGUGGAGUGGAGAAGAACAACGAGAAACUCAGAGACUUUAGUUCAUCAGUAUCCAGAUGGUGAGAGUCGAGCAGAUGAAGAGCAGCAGGAUUAUCAGAAAAGAGCUCAUUUCUUUACUGAGCACAUUAAACAUGGAAACUUCUCCCUCCGUCUGGACGAUCUGAGAGCUGAAGAUGCUGGAGAAUACACAUGUACAGUUCACAGUGGCCAGAGAUGUGUGUUUUCAGCCAAGACAAAACUGGCUCUGAAGUUCCUUAUGACUGGUGAUGUUGUUCCUCUGGGAGGUUCAGUGGAUUUCUCCUGUCAGGUGGACAAAAGCUUGUUAGAGAACAGUCUGAAGGUGGAGUGGAGAAGAGCAGACUCAGAGACUCUGGUUCAUCUGUAUGAAGAUGGCAAGAGUCGAGCUGAAGAGCAGCACCAGGAUUAUCACAAAAGAGCUCAUUUCUUAAAGAAGAAGAUUAAAGAUGGAAACUUCUCCCUCCGUCUGAAAAAGCUGAGAGCUGGAGAUGAAGGGGUUUAUAGAUGUAGAGUUUUCAGGGACCAGGAUUGUGUGUUUUCAGCUGAUGCAGAGCUGAAACUGGGAUUCAUUGUGAAACCUUCUCAUCACACACCUGUUCCUCCGGGAGCUUCAGUGGUUUUGCCCUGUUAUGAAGAUAAACCCUCUAGAAUGGAGGGUCUGAGGGUGGAAUGGAGAAAAAAAGACUUAAAGGAUCUGGUUCAUCUGUAUCAGGACGGUGAGAGUCGAGCAGAAGAACAAGAUGAAGAUUAUCAGAACAGAUCUCAUUUCUUUACUGAGCACAUUAAAGAUGGAAACUUCUCCCUCCGUCUGGACAAACUGAGAGCUGAAGAUGAGGGAGAAUACACAUGUACACGCACUGUUCACUUAUUUUGGAAUCGCAGGCAAUUUUCAACCAAGAUAAAUUUGGUACUGAAGCUACUAG